AUGAUAUACCAUAGUUCAGUUGAUUGUACCAAUAUUAAGAAAACUGCUGAAUAUAUUUUCAAGUUAAUGGAUGAGGUAGUAGAGGUUGUGGGGGAAAAAAAUGUUGUGCAAGUUGUGACAGAUAGUGAAUCUAGUAUGAAAGCUGCUGGACAACUGUUGAUGAAAAAAAGAAAAAAUCUUUUCUGGUCACCUUGCGCUGCGCAUUGUAUAGAUUUGAUGUUGGAGGAUAUUGGCAAAAUGGAUAAUGUAAAAGAAACUAUUGCUCAGGGGAAGAAGAUAACAAGUUUCAUAUAUAACAGUGACAAAGUAGUGAAUCUGAUGAAGACAUAUACAAAAAAAAGGGAACUGCUACGUCCAGGUAUCACUAGAUUUGCAACUGAAUUCAUUUCUAUGGAAAGUCUUCUUCGGCAUUGUACAGAACUGAAAAGAAUGUGCACCUCAGAUGAAUGGGCAGAGUUUAAUAACACUACCAAGAGAAAAGCAGAAGCUAUUAAAGUAGCUGAGUUGAUAUUGUCAGAGAAGUUUUGGAAAAAAGUUAGAAAUGUGUGUGCAAUAAUGGAGCCUCUGGUCAAAGUUUUAAAAACUAUUGAUCAAGAUAAUAAGCCAACAUUGCCAAUUAUUUAUGAGGCAAUGGAUAGAGCAAAAAUGGCUAUUCAAAAGUCGGUGAAAUCUUGGAAAACAAUUUGGGAAGUGAUUGAUAAUAGAUGGUACAAUCAACUUCAUCGGGAUUUACAUGCGGCAGCAUAUUUUUUGAACCCGAUCCUUCAAUAUUCUGGAACUUGUGAGUUUAAUCUGGAUGAAGUUCGAAGAGGGUUAAAGAACGUCAUUGCAAAGUUGGAGCCAAAUUUAGAUGCACAAGUUGAUUCAAUAAAUGAGAUCAAAAUUUUUGCAGACAAAAAGGGAGGCUUUGGAAGUGCUAUUGCAGCAAGAGCAUUACCAAAAUCUUUACCAGCUGAAUGGUGGCUUAACUACGGUGAAGAUGCGCCUAAUUUAAGGAAUAUUACAGUGAAAAUAUUGAGUCAAACCUGCACAUCCUCUGGUUGUGAGCGAAAUUGGAGUACAUGGUCAUUAAUUCAUACAAAACUACGCAACCGUUUGGCAGUUAAAAAAUUGCAUAAAUUAGUUUUUGUGCAUUACAAUAUGCGAUUGAAGGUGAAAAAUUUGAUGCAUCAAAGAGAUACUGAUGAUUUCUACAACCCAAUUGACUUGAAUCACAUUUUUCACCAAGAUGAUAUAUUGGAUGAUUGGAUAAGAGAAAAUGAACAACCCACAUUGCCUGAAGAUAAUCUGGAUUGGUUGGAUAAGGGCAUUCAUCAAACUGAAUCAGAAAGUAGUGAAUAUCAAGAACAUGACAACGAUGGUUUUGGUGAUACAUUGUCCCAAUAUAUUACCAAAAGAAAUAAGAAAGGUCUUGCUGCAUCCUCAAGUAGGAAACAAAAAAGUAAGACUAAACAAACCAGUAAGCAGACUGUUCCGUCAUCUUCAAAUAAAAGUGACAACAGUAAUGAUGAUGAUGACAAUGGUGACAAUGGAGAUGGAGGGAACAAUUCUUCCAAGCAUAGUGGUUACAAUUGA